CGCUCUGCUCCUCCGCGGCCGAAGCGUUUGUGAACGGAGGAGACGACAUGGAGGGCGACUCGGAGGCCGCGGGUCCCUCAGCGCAGAGCGGCGUAAACCCCGACAUUCACAGCGAAAGGACAUCCCCCUCCUUCCCGGUGGAGAGGGUCACCAACCUGCUGGACGGCGGCGCCGAGCUCACAGCCACCAGGAGACAUGUGGAGAGUAUUAUAAACAGUGAUUCCACUUUCAGUCAAGAUGAUCGGUAUUUCUUGACUCGAGUGGAGCAGUAUGAAGGAUCAGUGCGAAGGGCUGUGCGUCUGCGGGAGAAGAUGAAAGAACUGGGUUGGGCUGACAAUGGGACUGAAGCAAUGUUUGCUUUUAGGGUUUUGGGAGCAGAUGUCGCCUUUGGAAUCCACAAUGGAGUAUUUAUACCUACCAUCAAGGAACUGGGAAUAGAGGCACAGAUUGCUAAAUGGGUACCACUAGCCCAGGAUUUGCAGAUUAUUGGAACAUAUGCACAGACAGAGCUGGGCCAUGGCACAUAUCUUCGAGGCCUGGAGACAACUGUAACCUUCGACCCUUCUAAUCAGGAGUUUGUGAUCAACAUGCCGAGACUGUCCUCAAUUAAGUGGUGGCCUGGUGACUUGGGCAGGUCAGCAACUCAUGCUUUGGUCUUGGCCCAGCUGUACACCCAGGGGAAGUGCCAGGGAAUGCAUGCCUUUAUUGUACAGAUCCGCAGUCUGGUAGACCAUUCAUCUCUGCCAGGUGUCACAGUUGGUGAUAUAGGCCCAAAGAUGAAUUUUGACCAAGUUGAUAAUGGGUUUCUGAUUUUGCAAAAUGUUCACAUUCCAAGGGAAAAUAUGUUGUGCAGAUACUCUGAGGUUUCUCCAGACGGUACCUAUGUCAAGCGAGGUUCUGACAGAAUUAACUACUUUUCUAUGGUUCUGACCCGUACAAGGUUAUUGUCAGCAGAAAUUAUACCUGCUCUGGCCAAAGCCUGCGUCAUCGCUAUCCGGUACUCUGUGGUCCGACGCCAAUCAAAACUAAAACCUGGAGAAAUGGAAACCAAAAUUUUAGACUACCAAAUGCAACAGCAGAAGCUCUUCCCCCAGCUGGCAACAGUGUUUGCCUUUCAUUUCAUGGCCUCUUCCUUCGAAGCUUUUUGCAAUCAAGUUAAAGUUCAGAUCAAAAGCAAAGGAGACUUCUCCUCUCUGCCUGAGCUCCAUGCUUUGUCUGCGGGCCUGAAAGCUCUGCUGUCAGAUGUCUGCAGCGCUGGAGUCGAGACUUGUCGCAGGGCAUGUGGUGGUCACGGCUAUUCAUUGCUCAGCGGCCUGCCUUCCCUUUACACCCGAGUUGCAGGGUCUUGUACUUACGAAGGGGAGAACACUGUUAUGCAACUGCAGACAGCACGGUUUCUAAUGAACUGCCUUUCUAAAGUUUAUUCUGGUCAGCCCUUGCCACAGUCCGUGUCAUAUCUGUCUGACCUCUUCUCUACUCGUUGCUGUGGAACAGAGAAAACCGAUUUCAUCAAGCCUCCCGUUUACACCAAGGCAUAUAAGCAUAGAGCACAGAGACUGAUAAAGAAUGCAGGGUUUCAGUUGCAGUCUUUGCUUCAGUCGGGAGUUGAGCAGUAUGUAGCCUGGGACAGCACCUCAAUACUACUUGCACAGGCUGCCAUUGCUCACUGCCAGUACACAAUUGUGAAUAAUUUUGUUGAGACUAUGUCCAGACUACAGCAUGAGCCUGAGAUCCAGCAAGUGCUUCAAGUGCUGUGUGAUUUGUAUGCACUGAGUGGCAUCCUCGCCAAUGCUGAGGAAUUCCUCCAUGAUGGUUAUAUGACAGGGCAUCAGCUGGACUUGGUGACUGCUUCUCAACGGGAUCUUCUCACUUGUGUUCGGAAAGAUGCUGUUUCGUUAGUGGAUGCCUUUGACUAUUCUGACCAGCAGCUACAUUCUGCAAUCGGGAGCUACGAUGGCCAUGCUUACCAACGGCUCUUUGAAUGGGCUCAGAAAGCGCCCAUGAAUGCAAAGGUAAACACAGCCUAUGAAAAAUAUUUGAAGCCUCAUUUUCAGUCAGCAUAUUCCAAGCUUUGAUACUGGAUUUUGCACUUUAAAUGACACUAAUGCAAGGGAAUCAUUGGCAAACUUCACAGAGCUUGCGAGAUCAUAAGAAACAGUUGAGUAUGACAUUUCCUGCAGCCAGCCAUUAGAUUAUUCUUGCUUUGAAUUAAUAUUUUUUCCAAUACAGCUUGAAGAGUAUGUGAAACAAAAAUAUAUAUACACUUAACAUU